GGGUGACAGGUGUGUGACGAUCCUGACCUUAUCAACUGCUUUAUGGUUGAUCAUCUCAUCUGAACAUGUUAGGGUUUGCAUUGCACAUUGCAUCCAAAUCAAAAUCGAAGAAAACACACAUAGCAACCCAAUAAUUGUUAAAUUUGGUGUAUGUUUGCAUGAACUGAACAAACGGUUGUUGCAAAGAGAGGAUCGUUCCCUCCAAAACAUGUCUGCUAUCAUUGUCUGUGGAAAGAGAUCUGCUUUGUUCCAACCUUCAUCUCCUCCCAUUUCCACCAAGAGGAUCCGUUGUUCCUCUUCUUCUUCUUCUUCUUCUUCUCCUCCUUCUUUCCCUUCCCUCCUCCACCACCUCACCACCCUUUUCCCCUUCAUGGAUCCCCAGCUUCUGGAGAAAGCUCUUGAGGAAUGUGGGAAUGAUCUGGAUUCUGCUAUCAGAAGUUUGAACGAGCUUCGGUUGGGAGGUUCUGUUCAUCAGUCAAUAGAUUCUGCUGCAACUGGGUCUGAUCAUGUGGCUGUUGACCUGAAUGAUCAACCUCAAUCACAAGGUGAAACAAAGUGUGACACAGAAGAUGCUGCAUCUGAAGAUCAAGUAGCUGGACAGAGUUAUCCUCUAAAUGGUGCCGAAUGGGUGGAUCAUUUUGUGAGAGAGAUGAUGAGUGCUUCAAACAUGGAUGAUGCCAAAGCUCGAGCUUCAAGAGUGCUAGAGGCUUUGGAGAAAUCCAUUUGUGAACGAUCACGUUCAGAAACAGAGCGGGAAAAUAUGAUGCUGAAGGAACAAGUGGAAGCCCUUAUUCAAGAAAAUAUUAUUCUAAAACGAGCUCUCUGUAUUCAGCAUGAACGCCAGAAAGAGUAUGAAAAUAAGAAUCAAGAAUUAAAAGAUUUGAAACAAUUAGUAUCCCAGUACCAGGAGCAGCUUAGAACUUUAGAGGUGAACAACUAUGCGUUGACAAUGCACCUAAAGCAGGCUGAACAAAGCAGUUCUAUCCCUGGGCAUUUUCAUCCUGACGUUUUCUAGACACCUGGUAACAAUUGUCAGCUGUCUGUUUAUGUAGUUUAAAUAACCACGAAGCCUUCAAAGUAAUGAAUUUUAGGAACAGAACAUGCUUUUGGAAUCAUAACAUGAUUGUUCAGCCGAAUUCAUGUUGUCCUUACCCUCAUUUAUACUCCCUCCACUUUUAAUUAGUGGGAGAUAGUGAAGAUUUAUAGUUAUACUAGUUAAUAGUGCGUGGAUACAGCAAAAGGAAUGUCCUUCCUAUUUGGAAGUGUACAUCCAGAUUAAAUGAGAGAGAAAGGGAGAGAAGAGAGAUAAGUGAUAGUAAGAGAGAUUGUGAGAAAUAUAGGGUGUAUGUGGAAUGUAUUAUGUAUGAUUGUAUGUACUUUUGGGAUGUUUAAAAAAUCAGAAUUGAUAUGUGCUAUGUUUCA